CCCGCCCCGCCCCCAGGCUCCGGGCCCUCCACUCGGUCCGGAUCUGGAGAUCUGGAGCCCAGAGCGCAGAGCCAGCUGAAGGCGCCGCGCCGGCUCGGGCUCCGCCGCCGACACCCGGCUGCUGAGGUCGCCGCGAGGGUUCGGGGACGCCUGCUCACUGCGUGGCCUUCUCCCGGCCAGCUGUGCAGACGGCUGGACCAGCAGCAGCGGCGAGGACUCGAGCGCGGGCAGCAGCAGCGACACCAUGGACCUGUCCUUUAUGGCCGCACAGCUGCCCAUGAUGGGAGGUGCCUUCAUGGACUCGCCCAACGAGGACUUCAGCACUGAGUACUCCCUCUUCAACUCCUCCAACAACGUCCACGCCGCCUCCAACGGCCAGGGCCAGCCGGAGGAGCCCCCGCGGUCCUCCAACGACGCCGUCCUGCUCUGGAUCGCCAUCAUAGCGACGCUGGGCAACAUCGUGGUGGUGGGGGUGGUGUAUGCCUUCACCUUCUGAGCCGCGGGAGCUCCGGGACGGCUCGCCCUGCGCCGGGCUCACAGCCGGGCGCCGUCACCUUGGCCCCUGGCCGCACCCACGUUCUAGAACCAGGUGUCCUGACCCAGGCACACCGCCCCUCCAAGGGGAGCCGCCAUGCGUCUGGAUGUUCCCCCAGCAGCCCUGAUCUCAGAUCCUCCACGCUGUGGUCCAGCUGAUCCAGACGAUAAGGGGGCGCGGGUUUCCAGCUCCUGGAGACAUGAGGGGGCCAAGCCUUGGAGGAGCAGAGUGGGGAGUUCUUGAAAGUGCAUUCCAAGGACAUGCGGCUAGAGGGAACGGCCAGUUUGGUUUGAUGACACGGAUAUGGUUGGAUGAUCAGUUGCGGUCACCGCUGUGUCUUGUUUUGAUGCAGACUUAUCAGCCCUCCAAACUGGAGUGUGCUUGCCCCCGUCUGGUGUCCUGAUCAGCCCCUCGGAAUAUUGGUGGCAGUCCCUUGAAGGGACCUAGAACAUUCUUCACUUGACUUAGAAAUGGCAACGCUGUUAUCAGACACCUGACCCUUUGUGAAACCCAAGGAUGAGGGGUUACCGGUGACGUGGAUUUUGGGGGUGGUGGUAGCAGUGGUUUUUAUCUGCGGGGUGGACACUCUUCUUUUGAAAGAGAGCAGAAGGUUACUUUGAAAAAUUAGAUCUGCCACCCGCCGAAGAUGCUCUUUCUUCUCUGAGAAAUCACAGAGCUUUAGAGAUGAAGGAGACGUGUGUGCACCUCGUUGUUUGGCAGGGAGAGGAGGAGGGGCAGGUCUGCCUGUGGUCAGAGUGGGAGGGAUAUUUUCUGCCUGUCCUCUCUCAGGGCUGCCUGUGCCCCAGCUAAGCGCUGUCUGGAUCAGAUUCCUGGCUCUCAGCUGCCUUGAGGAGCCCAUCCAGAGGGUCCUGAAGCUGUGAGCAGGGUGGACGGGGCGCUAAGACACCCUCGUGCUAGACUCAGUUUGGCUACUGUAUGUUCUUGCAGGGGUGAGUGUCUUCUGCCCGAGUCGGUUUCCUGACUCUCUUGGAAGUCAGUGGCUGGGGGACUGCAAGUCUGGGAGCCGCCUCACUGUUGAGACCAGAGCAGGUUGGGAUGUGCCAGGGCCGGGGUGGGGGCAGAGGAGGGGGAGUGGGCAGGAUCAGAACAGGCUCACUUCUCAUCCAUCCUCAGGCAAGUUCAGGGCCCAGAGCCCCGCUUCUCGAGACAGCCCUCCCUGUGCCCCCAAGGGCGCCAGGAGCUCAGACAUGGGCUCGCUUGCCCACAGGCCAGGAGCGCGUUUUUCCCUGGCUUCCUCCCUGCACUGCACAAACGAAAAGAGAUGGCGGAGUUCCCGCGGUGGCUCACUAGGUUAAGAACCCAACUAGUAUCCCUGAGGAUGUGGGUUUAAUCCCUGGCCUCGCUCAGUGGGUUAAGCAUUCAGCUUUGCUUCAGGCUGUGCUGUAGGUCACAGAUGUGGCUCAGAUCUGGCGUUGCUGUGACUGUGGCCCAGGCCGGCAGCCGCAGCUCCAAUUCCACCCCACCCCAGCCUGGAAACUUCCAUAAGCCUCGGGUGUCACCGUAAAAA